UAGUAUAAAUGUCUCUGGAUGUGGAUGGUCAUUGAUAAAAGAAGUUCAACAUUUAGCCUGAAACAGCGCGUUCGCCAAGAAAGAGCAACUAUCUAGUCAAAAUGAAGACGAUAAUCCACGUGGUAUGCAUGGUGUUUGCUAUUAUUGGAGUGGCGGAGUGUGCAGACGAAGAUAAAAAAUGUAUGGGAAUUCAAACAAUAACAGGAAAGGGAAAUAAUAAGUCUCCUAUCAUCCCACCAUUGUCUGAGGAUUGUUUUAAGAAGUUGGAUAACAACGGAAUUUCUCUCUCUUUGCCAUUCUGUCCAAAAGAUGUAUGUGACACGACCUACAAAGCCCCGACCACCAUAAAAUACCAAAACAAGAACUGCAAUGUCAUUUGUCCACAUAUUUUCCACUACGCACAAGUGGUUUGCGACACGAAUGAGACCUGCGGGACAAAUAAACACUGUGACGUUGACGAAAACUUCAAGAAAACAUACACAGUGUUGGCCAAUUGCCCAGGAAAACCAAAACCAAUAAAGAUCAAAGUAGAGAAUGUCCCAUACUGCUGCUCCUGUCAAAAUGACUAAACCCGUGAUCAAUGUAAAGUUCAAACUUAAUGAGUUUUGGUAGAAAUAUGAUACGGAACGGGAGGAAACUUCUUCACAAUAUACAAUUUGUAAACGUUGUUUCAUUUGUGAUUGUUCCUAGACGUUCGUUGAAAGCCCUGGCGAGCUCACUGUCAAGAGCAGUGAAAAACGCGACUGAAGUUACGAUAAUAAGAUAUAAGUUAAUUUUUGUAGCCAAGACUCCGUUGCCAAACAUUAGUUUUUUUAUUAUUAUAUGGAGCUGAACGAACUAAAAAUAUAAAUGCUGCACUUUAUAUUGUAUGGGCAAGUCAAAAGAAUAAAAAUUACGGCAAAUAGGAUAUGACAAAUGAUAACGCAUUUACAUAGUAAUUUCAUUGUAUCAAGCUUUUCAAAAUCUGUUUCUAGGUUAUAUUUAUUCUUAAGAAAUACUAUUUGAUAAAGCCGCACAAUUAUAUUUAUUGUAGUCUUCUUAAGAAAUCGGCGGUCGAAUGUUGCGCAAGAAUCUGUAGAUAUUUCAUUUGAUAUAAUUUUAGAUAUAUUUGAUAUAAAAAAGUGCAAUGUGCUGGUUCUGAACUGCCAUUUGUAUACUUUUGAAUUGCAAAAGCUGUAAAAAGGCGUAGGCAGUGUUCAAGGUAUAAUAUUGGAAUAAUGCGUGUAUUUUGCAAUAAAAGUUUUAAAAUAU